GGGAGACGCCUUGCAUUCGACGCGCACGGCUGCCCACCGCAGCGCCGGUUGCAGCGCGCGUGGUCCCGACGGCGCGCGCCCGCCCGCGCGCAGCGCCGACGCCGCGCGGACGCGCCCGCGACGACUGAACACCACAGGAGGGACAUAGGCAAAGAUGAUGCGCGCGACGCUGACGCGCAAGAGUCAAAAGGCCGAGGCGCGGCGCCGCUCCUCGAAGAUCUGGAGCGACCUCGAAACAUUAAGAGAGGAGCGGCGCCAGUCCAAGGCCGCGCCGACGACGAAGAGAGAACGCGUCCUCGAGCAACUACGAGCGAGGUCCCUGGCGGUCUGCGAAUCCUCAAAAUUCAUGACCUUCAUGACCGUGCUGACGCUCUACGCUUUAUUUGGGGACGACGCGAAGCUGUGUCUGGCCGAUAGCACCGCGGACGAUGCCUUCGUCGUGGCCGCAAUCAUGUGCAUCAUCUUCUUCGGCGUCGAGAUCGUGCUGCAGUGCUUCGCCUACGCGUGGUACUUCCGGGGCUUUUAUUUUUGGGUGGACCUCGCUUCCACUCUCAGUAUCCUUACUGAGAUUCCCGCGGUGAUGGCGGAGGUCGCCAUACUAGUCGGUGGGAGCGGCGGCGAGAGCGCCGAGAUGCUCAAGGCGGGCAAGGUCUUGCGCGGCGUCCUCGUGCGAUCUUCUGACCUUUCUGCGACGUUCGUUCGAUUCCGGGGCCGUUCGGACCGCGCCGCGAUGCCGUCGCCGCGACGCCUCGACGUCGUCGCACGGCAUUCCCGUCACUCCGCGGCCGUUAGAGAGUGUACAAGAGCCUCGGAUCGAAGCCUCACGCGUCACCCACGCAGGCUGGAAGGGUCGGUACCAAAGCGACAAAAAUAAUUAGGAUCGUACGUUUAGUAAGGAUGGUCCGCGUCGUCAAAUUAUACAGGAUGACGGGCGACGUCGACGAGCUACGCAGAGAUGAUUCUUCAUUGGAGCCUUCUUCUGUCGGCAAAAAAUUAACUGAGAGACAAACCGUAAGGUUAAUAAGCAUGAUGCUGUCCAUGAUAUUGGUGCUGCCCUGGUUGUAUACGGAUUCGUUAUUGGACAACGCGCACAACUUCCAGCACGACUUCCUCAAGCAUCUCCACCAGUACCCGCAGGCAUACAACUUUAGUGGAGGUAUUUCUGUGGAAGACUUCCGGGAGCAGGUCCGGUUCUAUGGAAGGGAGUCGUACGAAUUGGGCUAUCCUCUAGCCUACCUCGAAGUGUGCGAACCCCAACCUUCAGAUGGUAGAUGGUCGUCGUGCCGGAGCAACGGUCAUAUAAAUGUAUUUGAACACUCUGAGCUGAGAAGCUGGUUAACCGAAGGUGAUCAGAAAUGGAGUUCAUUAGUGACGAACCCCGUCAAUGGGCUUGACAAGCCGGGGGUCAGCGGCGCGAGAAGGCGAGCGCGGAACGUGUUAUUGAAGCGCCUGAAGCAUAGAGAUAUGGAGUACUUUGUAGCAAGUGUUGUCGGUUGUUAUAAUGCCUCAGCACAGAUCAUGGAUGGUUUCCUUACGAGAGAACCGACGAAGAUAUCCGAAUCAACAGCAGGCGGCGCGUUGGGCCGCGGCGCGCGAUGUGAUGUGCAUGGGAACUGCAAGAAACCGGCCGAGAAGUUUGAUGAUUAUCGUUCAAAAAUGGAGCAGCCCACUUGUGUCAGUACGGCGGCUUUCUCCUUACGGUCGCAAACUAGACUGUUGGCUGGUCUGCAAUUAGUGAAGACCUUUGUGAUUAUGCUCCUCAUUGUGGGUGGCAGUGUAGCCUUCAACGCCGACGCCCAGGUCUAUGUCAUCGGUCCCAUCGAGCGGAUGAUGGCUCUCGUCGAGAAACUGUCAGAAAAUCCAUUAGGUGCUACACACCUAGACCUCACCUAUGAUGACGACAAAAAGGUGAGGGACCAAGGCUACGAGACCGUAUUGUUGGAACAGACGCUGGAGCGAGUCGGCGAGUUAUUACAAGUGGGGUUUGGGGCCGCCGGAGCCGAAAUCAUCGGGAAGAACAUGGCCGUGCACUCGUCCUUGAAUCCGAUGGUGCCGGGUAAAAAAAUAACGGCCAUCUACGGCUUUUGUGACAUUCGGCGGUUCACGGACACGACGGAGUGCCUGCAGGAGGACGUCAUGGCCUACGUGAAUCGACUUGGUAGUUUAGUGCACGGCUCUGCUCACAGUUAUUUCGGUGCCGCGAACAAAAAUGUCGGCGACGCCUUCUUGGUGUCGUGGAAAUUGUGCGAUGGCGAACUAAGUGGUUUUUCGUCCUUUGACGAUCAAGCGUCGGAAGAACAGAGAUUGAAGGCUAAUCAAGAUAUAAAGUGCUCGAUCGGCAAGGGGCGGAAAGUGUCUCCAUCUCAAUUGGCCGACGCGGCCAUCUGUUCAUUUUUAAGAUGCCAAUUAGAUUUGGAAGAGGCGAAUCGCGAGGGCGAGCUCCGGGAGUACUCUCAACGGCCGUCCGUGCAACAACGGUUCGGGAAUGGGUUCGCCGUCAAAAUGGGCUUCGGCAUGCACGUGGGCUGGGCCGUCGAGGGCGCUAUUGGUUCGUCUUUGAAGAUUGAUGCCACUUAUCUAAGUCCGCAUGUGGAGAUGAGUGAUCGGCUCGAGGCCGCGUCGAAGGUCUUUGGCACGCCCCUCAAUUUGUCGCAUUGGCUGCGGAACUUGGCCUCACCGUCAUUAUCUGCCGUAACUAGACCGGUGGCGCGCUUAAAAGCCGACGGCGUGUCCUCUCCCUUCGACGUGUUUGCGUUAGAUGUUACCGACAGGGUGUCGAACUUUGGGCGCCAGUUCUGCGACGCCGAAGAUUCGAAGGGCGACUUCGUGGACUGGGCCCACGCCGACGUCUUGAAGGUGCAGGCGUCGCUCCACCCCUUGUUCCGGUCGACGUGGAAGCAGGGCUACGAGGCGUUUUUGAAAGGCGACUGGGCUCUGGCGCGAAAGAUGUUUGCGGAGGCGGCCCGCCUCAAGCCGGGCGACGGGCCCGCCGCCUACCUCCUGUCUGUCAUGGCGCGUUACAACAACGCGCCGCCGGCCGGCUGGGACGGCGCGCACGUCCUCGACGGCUUCUAGAACAACAUAUCCCCUCCCCCUGUUCCUCCCCUUGUAGACCCCUGUGCCUCGUCUAAGAUGUGUCUGCUAU